CGUCUCCGUCCCGCCCUCCCUCGAGUCCCCCUCCUCGCGCGUCGUCCCCGCGCGCCCCCAUCCAUCCCCGCUCUCAAUCGCACCAUCGAUUUCACCCAUGGAUCCCGGCAGCAGCUCCAGCUCCAGCGUAAAUAUGGGUGUCAAGAAGCAGGAAGACUUGGACGGCGCUGACCCGAAGUCGGGCCAGAAACCCGACCAGAAGCCUGUGGUGAGGACGUUGAACAGGGUCCCUCGCGCAUGUAAUGCUUGUCGGAAACAGAAGAUGCGGUGCGAAGGGGCGGAGAAUCCCCCCUGCAGGCGUUGUCGGCACGCUGGUUUGGAAUGCCUAUUCGAGAAGCCAACAAGGGAGGCUAGUCUGACAGGCGAAGCCGGCUUGGAACGUAUACGAAGUCUGGAGGCCCAUGUCGCCGACAUUCGGUCAACACAAAACUCUAUCCAGGCGACCCUCAUGGAAAUCGCGGCGCAUUUGCGCGGUACCGUCCCGUUGACGUCGCGUUCGCCCUAUCCACCUCCUCCGUUUGCCCAUCAUUCGCCUGGGGCGCAAUCAUUAGGAUCCCCGGCGGUCUCCACGCCAUCAACAGUGACCAGUACCGUUCCUUCCGCGCAUCCGAUGACCAACCCAGCGGCGCGGCAGCCACACAGAGAAGGCCAUCCGCCAAUGUAUGCGCAACCUCAGAAUGUCCGUCCUGCAGGCCCCGAUUCUCAUCCGCAAGCAAUGUACAACAACGGCGCCCCGGGCCACCCGCAUCCUGGUGCCCACGGCCCGAGCCUUCCUCCGUUCUCAAGUAUCGACUCUAUGGGUCCACCGCGGUCUCAACCUACCAAUGUCUCUUCUAUGCGAUACAACGCCUCCGAUUCUAGAAGUCGCCCGCAGGACGGUGUUUCGGCUGGAUCCAAACGGGCUGCUCACCCUUCUUCCACUGUCACCAGUGCGGAUUCGUCGGAGGCGGAGGAAGAAAGCUCGGAAUUGCCUGCUUCCGGUUUGGUCGCUCCUUGGGAAGUGUUGCGAGGAUUGGCCGAUGUCGCGAUCGAGCGAGCCGCGAAGGAGAACGGCGGCGAAAGUGAGGCCCCAAGUCGCGCAAGAACGACAUCGCCCGAGCCGCGACAAGUCCGUCCGGCGAAGCGGAGAAAGGUGUACCAUGCCCCUCGAUCAACGACAUUCCCUGAUGUCGUAACGAAGAAGAUCUUGUCCGAAGCGGAAGCUCGCGAACUUUUCAGGAUAUUUUACCACGGGUGCUCCACAUUUUUGCCUGUCUUCGACGCGAGCGUGGAUACGUACGAUGCCCUCCAUGAGCGGUCGCCGUUCGCUGUCGAUGUCAUCUGCAUGGUUGCUGCCAAGGUUCGAGAUGGCGGCGGCAACCCCAGCGACAUCUUCUUGAAGUGUCUGGAGGAGGUCCAGGCUAUCUCAUGUGCCACCCUCUUUUCUCCCGUCACCCGUCAGGAAGCCGUGCAAGCAAUGGUGCUGGUCUCCGGUUGGUCGGAUAACGGCUGGUUGAGUGGCGGACAUGCUGUUCGCAUGGCCAUGGAAUUGUCGAUGCACAAGGCCUGGCCCGAGCUUCUCAAGCGUAUGAAGGCCGGGAAGGCUUCGACGUCAAGUAAGGACAGACAGCUGGUCGUAUCCGCCCGGACAUGGCUAUGCUUGUAUCUAUUCGAGCACCAAAUGUCUUACGGCACUGGCCGUCCAGCUAUCCUGAAGGAUGACGAGAGCAUCUGGCAAUGCCGUCUCCUCUUGCAGCACCCGCUUGCGAUCGAAGACGAUAUGCGACUGGUGUCGACAGUGGAGCUAAUGGCGAUCCGCGAACGCGUUCACAACAAUCUGUCGCCUCUAUUCGACCGCGCGGUGGACGAGAUUACGUUCAACGUCCUCCGCGAGGCGGACAUGGAGUUCCGCAACUGGUACGCGACUUGGGAUCAGGCUUUCUCGCAGAAGUACGAGGAUGCCGCGUUCUAUCGGCAAAGUCUGCAGAUUCAGCAUCUACAUGCCGAGCUGUUCCACAAUGCUACCGCCUUGCGGGGCAUUGAUGGGCCUGAGGACGUGCAGAAGAUGCCCCCUGCCCAACGUGACCUCGCCAUUAGGUCGAUCCAGAUCGGAAGACAAAUCCUCGACAUCACCGUGAGCUCGCCGGCCUAUAGGGAAGGCAUGAAAUAUGCGGUUCACUAUACUCACGCGACUGCGACGUUCUCGGCCUCCUUCCUGUUGCGUCUUUCGCGGCUCUUCCCUGAUCAAUGCAAUCUACAUGAGAUCAGGACCCUCGUAGAACAGCUCGCGGCUCUUCUAGCAGAAGUCCCUGGCAAGCGGUAUGCGUUGACGCUUCAAUUGAUGCUCAAGCGGUUCGUGAGGAAGCGGCGGCAGUCAGUCUCGACGUCGCGUUCUCCCACGAUGGCCAGAGACCAGAGGAACCGCUCCCACAGUGAUGCCGCAGGAUAUUCGUCUGACGCCGUCAGCCACUCCGCGACUUCGCAGCCUCCGACGUCCCCCACGUUCGAGCCUCCUUACCAAGCUUCUCCAGACGCCAUGGGCCACAUGCCUAUGGGUGUGCCCCAACAAUACGGGCCGCAGUACACCCCAAAUCUCGAGAACAUAUGGCGCGGGUUCGAGACGACCUCGAACGAGCAGUUACCAGUCUGGCUGUCCGAUCAAACGCUGGGUGGUGCAUCGUUUUCUGCGAACGGUAUCGACGCCUUCCUGCUCCCCGCAGACUACCUCCCUGCCGCUCCCCAAAUCUGGUAAAUUUACAGACAUCGCUACCCGUUUGUACGUAUAGCUUUCUGCUCUCUGCUAUCUACUCUUGUUUAUCUGCAAAGCCGAACUGUUGUCACGAUAAGGGGGACUCGUCCGUGUGUGUUGUCGGACCUCUUGCUACGACGGUUACGACGACCAGUAUGACCUAUGUAACUUGAUACCCUGCUCGUCCUCAUGCCCCGCUCACUGUAUUGCUUCCGAAUUAUCUGACGAAUGUACAUGCGACACCCC